UUCAAUAUGGCAGCGCCCACUCAAAAGUAAUGAAGUUGUUUAUUAAUUUGUUACAAUAUUUGUUACGUUUUCAUGAAUACUUUAUUGACGAAAUCUACUCGAAAUGAGACGGCAUGUGCAAUAGCGAUUUUCUAAAUCUAAGUUGAGUUUAUUUGUUUUUAUAAGGACCGCUUAUUGUCUGUUCAAAGAUGAACCGGCACGAUUAUCAUAUAAUCUUUUACACUGUUCUGUUGUCGUUUCUGUCCCUAUCUACAAUGCCGACAACAACGUCUAAAGUAGAGGCAGAAACUAAAGUCGAUUCAGACAUCGGUGCAGAACUACAAGAACCUCAUGAAGAUGCAGGCAAUGCAUACGGCUCUAAACAGGAGACAGCGCGUAAUGACAUUCCGUCAACAAUCAUCUCAACUCGAGAUUCAAUAUCGCGCCGUGCAGAUGACGAGCAAAAUGCAUACGAAGCUCAGUCAGACUACGUAAUUAUGACAGAUAAUCCUAACGGAGCGGAUGUUGACGUGGAUCCGAGUCAUGGUUUGCUGACACCAACAGAAGAUGAGCGUCGAUCGAGUACCACUAGUACUACUACUACUAAACCUGCUCAACGCAAUGAGACGGGCCAACUCACGCCAUUACAGCUGUACCAGAAGAUGUUCCUUGUAAAGCGAAAGGAGCAGCGAUUCGCAAUCCAGCCGCUAACGGGCAUGACAAAUUAUGCAACGCAGUACAAGAUGAUACAAACAGUAUUAAACAAGAUGUUUGAGGUGAUGUCCAAGGUACAAGUGAUUCUACAGGAAGCAGGAUUCAUCGCAGGCGAUGAUUUCCCAAGUGAUUCAGCGCUGAGAGAAGCCGUCGCGCACAUACUCGAAAACAUGGCCAUGUUUGGGGAUCUGCUCCUGCGCUUUCCAGACAUGGUCCACAAAAUGUAUGCAGCGAGAAAGGACUGGCAACUUCUGUCCCGAUGGAGUCUAGGAUUUUGCAAUGACAGCAAUUUCUAUCCAGAACAGGAUGUCAAGCUCUUAUACUUGAUAUCACAGGAGCUAAACCUGACAGAGAGAGAUCCAAACUAUGAGAACCCAUUCAGGGAAGAGUUUUUGAAGCAGCAGGCUAAACUUAAGGAGCAACAGGAAGAGGCGAAGAAAGAAGCAAAGAAACAGAAGAAACAGCAGAAGCGAAAAGGACCAAGAAUGAGCAAAUCGAGACACUCAGAAUUAUGAUUGGUGUAUGAAUUGUGUGAUAACAGACUACAUAAUCAUUUACAUUAACUACAUUUGAUCUACAAAUUGAUCUCAUCUCACUUCCAUGCUAAGGUAGAGUACGAGCUAGCUGACUGAGUUUAAUCCGAGUUAAAAUUAAAAAAUACUGUUUACCCAGCUCGUAAAAAAUAAAAUUUUGCAUAAACUGUCUAUAACUCUCGCAACUGUCAUUUACUUUGUAGUGGAAUGCUAUGUUUGAAUAUGUAUUAGCUGGGUCACUGCCUUUAAUUUAAUAAACUGAGGAUUUUCCUGGUAAAUU